AUGAAAGGAAUUAAGACACUGAUUUUGCAGGAUCUUCCACACGUUUUGCCCCCUAAAAAUCUCCAGGUAGCUACUAAAUCGAUCGAUUAUCUCGAAUUUAACAGUUCAGACUUUGAAUUAACAGUUUAGCAUUUUGAAUAUAUCUUCUCUGCAUCUUCACAUAUCAGUAUUCUAAUAUUCUACAAAUAAAUCCUAUGAUCGUUUAUUUAAUCUCUUCGAAUUAAGUUUAAUUAUCUAAAUUAUUAUUAUUAACUACUCGAUUUCUUCAAAUUAAAUAAACUCAAGUAUUAGGGUUAUGGCAUGAGUAAUGUUCGUUCCUUUUUUUCAGAUUUAAUAAAAUUGUCAUCUAGUGACAAUAAUUUAACUUAUUAUAACAUAACCUACAUUCUAGUUAAUUAUAUCGAUAUUUAGCUUAUCGUUAAAUUAUAUCGCAGAUUAAAACUCGGUAUUAACUCGGUUGAAUAAAAUAAAAUUUUCGUAGUAAUUCGAAACGACCUGAAACUAAUCUGAAAUCUCGCCUUCCCAAAAGAGAAAGAGAUGCCUCGUUUCGAAUCCACUGCAAAUGCACACAACCGCCUGCCCCCGUCGAUUCUGGACUUUCUUCGACUUCUCCUGCAAAGCAGAGUGCCGCAGCAACGAGAAGCAGUGUCCCGAAUCCAAGGACAUCGUCUCGUCCUCGUUGCUGCCCAACUCGGAUCUCGAUGACGUGUCAUCGAAAUCUCUGUCACCGAACACGAUCGUUACAACGACCACGGCAUGUUCUCCAAGAUACAGCAACGAGUGCGAUUUGAAAUCGAGGGUUCGCAGGCCGCUGAAAGAAGAGAGCUUGAUCUCUCUGCUGGAUGGACAUCGCGUGCCGAAGAUGCUGAAGUGGAAGCUGAAGGGAUACAAAACGCUUCGGAACGAGCAUGCCAUCGACUUUGCUUUCGUCCCUGGUGGAAAGUCCCACGAGUUGGACAUUCUGCCGCGAAACGGAGUGACGGAUAAUCUCGACGACACGGUGGAACGACAGGGGAAUCUUACUAUUCGCAAGCAGACUGGUAAAAAGGACACGUUGCGCUUGACGGCGAAAGCUAUAGAGAACAAAGUUGAGACAGAGGCCAAAGUUAUCGAGAAGAACGAUGGCUUGAAAGAUGAGAGUGAUAUGGAUAAAUCGAGGAACGUCUCUAAUCAGAAGUUACUUCUAAGCUCUAGCGUCGGGAAUGAAGGUGUCAAGUACCUUCCAAUAUUGAAGUCGGGAUUGAAAUGUCAGACUCAACCAGCGGCUCGAUUUUCCUCUCGGCCGCCAAAGAAAGUCCGGAAACCUAGCGCGCCGAUAUUGAAGCGAACAGAUUGUAAAAUGCACGAUAGCGAGAAAGAACUUCCUUCGAUGGAGUUCGACGAGGAGAGGGAUGUUCUCGAGGCCUCGUCUCUCUCUAAACCGUUGGUUCCGAAAUUCUCUGAACUUGCCGGCAAAUGGUCCUCUACAGAGAGCCAAAGGAAUCAAGGAUAUCCGGCGAAGACGGAAGAAACGAAGAGAGACUGCAAGAGUGAUUGCAACAGUUUGGAAUCCUCUCCGGGAAAUGAGCCAAACGCGGUCGAAACGACACGCUCGAGGAAUGCUUCGAGUAAAGUUGCUGAUGAGAAACGAUUCGAACCGCGAUCGCCCGCGUACUUCGCCCCGAGAGCUUCUAAACAGAAGCCGAGAUUAUCGACUACCGAUGCUGUGACUUUCGAGUCGAUAAUUGGAAUCCCAGAGAGAACGACGCCGCGGUUGAACAUAACCAGGCCAGGCGAGGGUCGCGUUGCAAGUUCACCCUGCGCGGCGACGCGAGCGAGACUGCGAACGAAACAGAACGGGAACAGGAGCGCCUCGAGUUCGCAGAUGAAUUCUUUCGGCAAUGGUAAAUCGCAAUCUGUGCCUGGCAACUCCGACGGAGGUUCGCGGAAACCGCCAGCCUCGUUCCCGCCGGUCACUUCCGGCAAACGAUCUUCCUCCAACUGUUCUUGUUGUUUGCUGGGGGAAACGACGAUCUCGAAGGGAGCCAGCAACGCACCGAACCGUGUGUUGAACUCGAGGAACUCGUCCUUGAACAUCUCGACUUCCAGCGUGAGUCCAGCGAGAAAGUGUCGCGAUGACAGUGACGAAUGUACGAGAGCAAGAAGAAAGAGUUGCGAACAAGAGAGGCCGUGCAAGAAGGAUAGGAAAACUUGCAAGCGAUAUUGCUGUCCUGCGUUGCAAACGCCAACCAAGUGCGAUUACGAUACGUUCCAGUGUCCUGAGGACACGUGUGGCCAAUCGGUACAAUCGCACAAAGCGAAGAGAGAUCCCACGUGUUUGCCGAACGACGAGUGCAAGGAUCAGGGAAGAGAGUUUUGCGCGACUCCGAGGAAACGCGAGGACUGCAAUCGGAGUUGCAGGAGGGAGAGGUCCAGACCGUGUUCAGAAAGGUGCAUAUUUUCAGAUUUUCAUUAUUUACUUAAGACUGAAAGUGAUGCUUUAGUCUUUUCUUUUUUUUUUUUUUUUUUUUAAGUGCAGUGGAAUUCGUUUUUUAAGUUACAGUAGAAUUUUAAUCAAUGUCUGAUCAAUCUUUCUGAAAUUUUCCUUCACAAUGAAUAUGUCAAUGAAAUCUUAAUCUUUUCGAAAUUUUCUUUCAGAAUAAAUAA